GUGGACGAGUGCAAGGACAACCCCUGCGGAGAGAACGCCGUCUGUACAGACACCGUCGGCAGCUUCAUCUGCUCCUGCAAAGAGGACUACACCGGCGAUCCGUUCAAGGGAUGCGUUGACAUCGACGAGUGCACCGCCCUGGAGCAGCCGUGCGGCGCCCACGCCGAGUGCCGCAACGCGGCGCCGGGCUACACGUGCCUGUGCCCGCAGGGCUACGCCGCCAAGCCCGACCCCGCGGUCGCCUGCGAGCAAGUCGACGUGAACGUGCUGUGCAACUCCAACUUCGACUGCGCCAACAACGCCGAGUGCAUCGAGAACCAGUGCUUCUGCCAGAAGGGCUUCGUGGCGCAGGGCGCGCUGUGCGCCGACGUGGAC